AUGACUUCUGAUUCCGAAAGACCCGAAUCUCCGUCAUUCGACGAUAGGCGCCCUAGUAAUGACGAAUGCACUCGCCCUAAUGAUAUUGCCGGUCCGCACUAUAGAUCCACUUGUACUCUUCAAUCCCUCGAGCGGUUGAGAGAGCUUUGCAGGAUUCCGUCGGUAAUUAUGGCGGAAGCACAAAUAGCUGCCCCCACAGAAUCCCCAGAGAACCAUCGCGAUGGUUACUUCUGUGUGUACGAGAUUUAUUUCAAGGGUUGCGGAUUAACCUUCCCGCUUCCCGAAGCCCUAGUUCGAUACUUGGCGGUUCUCGAGAUCGCUCUUCCUCAAUUGACCCCCAAUCUUCUCCGAACAAUACUUGGAAUUAUAACAGUAGCGGCGGAAGCCGGAUACGUUAUAGGGGUCCCCGAGUUGAAUGAGCUUCUAAGCGUGAGAAGUUCAUCGAAGAAGACAUGGUAUUUCUCGGCAUACCCUAAUGCUAACAGGAACGUCAUUUCACCCUUGGUUCCUGAUUAA